GGCUUGUCUUCUCGGCUGGUUGCACACGUGGCUUCGCAUCCAACCGUUGGUCUCCUCCCUACCGCGCCAGCCCAGCUCCGCCCGCUUCCUCUUCCUCUUCCUGCCGCUCCAAUCCCGUCCCCCCUAUCUAUCCAUCACCCCCGCCAUGGCCACCGCCGCUACCGCCUCGGCCUCCACCUACUGUUGCAACACCCUCCUCCACCUGCCUUGGCUGACCCAUUUCCGUCGCAUCUCCCCUCCUCCAACGCACCGCCCGGAGCUCUCGCUCGCCACCCGCCGAGCCGCGGCCGUCGAGUCAGGGACCGCCCGUUCCGGCCCGAGGGCGAGAGCGAGCUCGGGACCGCCACCGCCACCGGUUUUCGAAACGGUGGAGGAGGAGGAGGAGCGUGGGUGGUCGGAUGCGGAGGCGGAGUUCAGUGACGAGGUGGAGGAUGAGCAGGAGUGGGCGGGCGGCAACGGCGCGGCGCGCGGGGAGGACUUGGGCGCGGACGCCGGCGAGGACCUGAGCGGCUGGACGCGGCAGUGGCCGCGCCCGCGGGAGCUCUUCGUGUGCAACCUCCCGCGCCGCUGCGACGUCGAGGACCUGCUCGAGCUCUUCAGGCCCCACGGCACCGUCCUCUCCGUUGAGGUUUCACGUGAUGCUGAGACAGGAAUUAGCCGAGGGACUGCUUUUGUCACAAUGCGUUCUCUAGCAGAAGCAAGAACAGCCAUCAAUGCUCUGGAUGGAUUUGACUUAGAUGGGCGUGAAAUAUUUGUUAAACUAGCAUCUGAUGUCAUUUCCAAUAGGAAAAAUGUCAACCUGACCCAUAUAACGCCCACAAAGGACCACAUCUUCGAAAGCCCACACAAGAUAUAUGUUGGCAACCUUGCCUGGUCUGUUCAGCCUCAAGACUUGAGAGAACUCUUUACCCAGUGUGGAACCGUUGUUAGUACAAGGCUGCUGACAGAUCGCAAAGGAGGGAGAAACCGUGUGUAUGGGUUCCUUUCGUUUUCUUCGGCUGAAGAGCUUGAGGCCGCAUUAAAGCUUGACAAAACAGUUUUUUUCGGACGGGAUAUCGUCGUCAAGGAAGCUCAUGUAGAGCGUCAGUCGCCAUAAGCUGUCGAGGGUUACACUUCAGAACUCCAGCAUUUUUGUCUGUGGUUUAUUGGCUAAUUGGGUUUACGUUCCAGGCACAGGCCACACAGCUAACAAGCAUGACCCCUUAUGUAUGUAUGAAGCAAUUGAGUUCCCUGUUCAUCAACAAA